AUGUGUUCAAGUCGAUGCAAAGAUUCUAAAUGUAACCCAGUAAAUGGUACCUGCUUGUCAUGUAAUGCUGGCUACACGGGAGCUGAUUGCCUCACUCACUGUCCUGGUAGAGCCUAUGGACUAAAUUGUAAGGGCAGAUGUUCAGAGAACUGUGCGGUAGAUGGCAGAUGUGACCCAGCUAACGGGACGUGUUUACAUGGUUGUGUUGCUGGCUAUCAAGGAGAUAAUUGUAGUCAAACUUGUAUAGAAGGCUAUUACGGCCAGAAUUGUGCUCAAUCUUGUAGCAGCUGGUGUUUAAAGCAGUUGUGUAACCACGUGACAGGAGAAUGUCACGUAUGUGUGGAAGGGAAAGCUGGGCCUAAAUGCACUUAUGACCAAGGACAUUCAGCCAUCAAGUUGAAGUACAUUGGCACUGGUGUUGGAAUAGGAGUAGCUACAUCCUCUUUUGUUUUUCUACUGGUCAUCACAGUCGUUUAUUUUCUUAAAAGGGUGAAGUGCAUUGGAAAUAAAACUACAAAUAAUGACAGCUCAAUAGAGAAAAAGGAAAAGGCGGAAACGGUUAAUCUUAAGGACGUGAAGAUCGUCGAGUCAGUUACUACUGAACAAGAUUCCGCAGAUGUUUAUCACAAUGAAAUUACGAAUAUGUAUGACGUCAUAGGCUCACGUGGAUUUGAAAAGCAGCACUCUUCAGAUUAUAUGAAAUAUUAG